AUGUACUGCUCGGCACCACGGCCAUCUGAUCCAUUCGCAAGAUUCUGCAACGAAUGUGGUGCUGCCAUACCCCCUCUACCUACCACUAGGUUACCGCCAGCAGACGAAGGCCAGGUUAGUAUGUGCGUCCACUGCAAAUCUUUGGUUCCAAUGCAUGCACAGAAAUGUAUUGUAUGCGAGGCUGCUAUACCACAACAGAAACAGCCACCAGCCCAUGUUACGGGCAAGACACAACAGGUCUGCAGUAGUUGUGGUACAGUAAAUCCAGUUGGACUAGAUAUAUGUGUCACUUGUGAAGCAAGGUUGACCAAAGCGACGAAGUCGUUAAAUACAUCUACUUCUGCUCCACCUCUACCGACCAAAGAAGGUUGUUUGUUGCAGUGUUCACAUUGUUCACGUAUUAAUAAUAGUGAUGCGCGUUUCUGUGAUUGGUGUGGUGCUAAGCCUAAGCAGACCUCCUCUUACAUAACCUGUUCCAAAUGCCACGCAAGUUGCCAUCCAUAUGCGAAAUUUUGCAAUUCAUGUGGCUGCUUACUAGGACCACCAGAACGCUUAGAUUCGAGAAAUUCAAAUUUGCCAUCUAAAGUUACUAAAGCGUUACAGCAAACUGACCGCCAGACAAAAAAUGAUAACCAGUGGAUGACGGUAACCAUUCCACCGUUACCAGCAGAAACGAGAUCGAUUCACACACAGACUCAAGGAUUAUUUUAUCCUUCCAAUAAAUCCAUUUCUAAUCAGUCCAAUAUUCAGAAUGGCAAAGAAGAUGGUGGAAUAAAGGAAAAGAAAUCUCUUUUAUCUGGUGUUAGCCCAGGCAAAGGAUUUUGGAGGAAACAAAUGGAUCAUAUUUGUGGACAUUUCCGUGUUCACGUACAAAAUAACAACGAGUUUCGAAAAAUUAUUGGCGAGCCAAAGUUAGGCAAGUUGCUUGCUGCUACUGUUCAUGAAGAUAUAGAUGAUAUGACCAUAUCAAUAACAUAUGAAGUAAAGCAGGAUAAGAAAGCCAAAAUCAGCAAAAUAGAGAAAGGAUUAAGCUCCGUUACCGAAACCGAAGCUAAAGAAAAAUCAUCCUCUCCUAGCAAAAAUAAAGAAAAGAAAAAACCAACGAAAGCUAAAGGAUUUUCCUUUAACAAGAAAGAAGUCUUAAGUGUUGAAAAUAGAAUCCUUUUCAAAGAAGUUGGUCCAGAAGGAGAAGGAAGAAUAGAAGAAGUUCAAAAUUUAAUUGAAGAGGGUGCUGAUCCAAACUGUAAAAAUAACGAUCAAAUCCCAGUUUUAGCAGUUGCAAUACAAAGUCGUCACUACGAUUGCAUACCAGUAUUGAUUCAAGAAGGCGCUGAUGUUAAUGCUAAAGUUUCAUGUAAGGGAAAUACUAUUCUACACGAAGCAGUACAACUUGGACCAAAUGGUAUUAAGGCUGUUGAAAUUUUACUGGAGUGUGGAGUCGAUAUCAAACCCAAAAAUGGUGCUGGUGAAACAGCUUACGAUGUUGCCAUUAAAACGUCAAAUGAUAAAGCAAUAUCUCUUCUAGCCUCACAUAGUGGCAAAAGCCUACUGGAUAACUUAAUUAAAAUUAAAUAG